GCUGGCUGCACGGCUCCAAUUAGCUGCUCGGAGCUCCGAUAACAGCUGCCCUGUGGAUUGCUUGCUCCGAAGUUGUUUGGGGCUGGAUAUUAAUACAGAGCAUGGGCUCCUCACUGCCAUAAACAGAUCUGGCUGUCCCGGGGAGGGAUCCAGACAGAGCGCUUCGAGAUGGGAGCCCAGAGUUCCCUUCCCGUCCCUGUUCCCGGCCUGGAGGAGAUCAUGACCGAAACCGGCUUCUCCCAAGCGAACGUGAUACGUCUUUACCAACGCUUCCAGGCCUUGGAUAAGGAUGAAAAAGGGUAUCUCAGCAAAGAUGACCUCGAGGGCAUUAGGGAGCUGGCCGUGAACCCCAUCAGAGACCGGAUCAUCAAUGCUUUCUUCCAAGAUGGGAGAAAAACAACCGACUUCCGAACGUUUGUUCAUGUCCUGGCCCACUUCCGGCCCGUGGAGGGAACUGUAGGCUCAGAGAGUAUAAACAGCCGACUUAGCAAGCUAAAGUUUGCUUUUCAGCUCUUUGAUCAAGACAAGGACGGGAAGAUCUCAAGAGCUGAACUGCUGCAGGUAUUGAGGAUGAUGAUUGGGAUCCAGGUGACAGAUGAACAACUGGAGAGCAUCACGGAGCGAACCAUCCAAGAGGCUGAUCAGGAUGGAGACAACGCCAUCUCUUUUGAAGAGUUCUCCAAGUCUGUGGAAAAGCUGAACAUUGAACAGAAGAUGAGUCUCCGGAUCCUGAAGUGAUCCGCUGAGCGGCCAAGGAAUCUGCACCUCAACUUGGAAACGAAGAAGCCCGGCUCUCAGUCCAAGGCAGGAAAAACAGAGGGAUCCAGACAGUCUCUUCUCUGCUUCUAACAGCCUGAGACAGAUCCUGUAAGCACAGGGCCGAGUCCAAUCGAAAGUCAUUUGUGAGAAUGGGAAGGGGGCAAGAAAGCCCGUGUCUAAGCAGGUCAUGCUCUCUUGCCUAGCAACUGAUAUACCUUCCCCUGGAAUCUGAAAAAACUGUGCCUUGUUCUGCAACAUACAUCUAGCUAAAACUUGA